AUGGAUGGACGACACCGCAAGUACGAAGACACGGCUGUAUACCGAGUAUCUCCUGGCCAGUUUGGGAACCAUGUAGCUGGCCGCGAUCGAGGCGCGUUGUUGGGAACCCGUAGCUCGCCCUCGUUGUUGGGGGCCUCGACCGUCUCGGCAUCGCCUCGACCGCUUGGCCAAACCACGACUGCCGUCAAAAAGGUUGACCAGAAUACCGCCCCCUGCCACCCCUACAUACUGGAGUCCUUGUCCUCGCAACAGUACGGAUACGGAUACAGCAACGGGGCUAAUAAGACGUCCGGACUUGCCGUCGCGCGCAUCACAGAACACGGGACGACACACCCACAGACACCCUCGAUCCCACCAGGGAAAGUCUUCCUCAACAUCAGCAAGGCAAGCUACUACCCAGGACAAGACAUUGCCUUGCCGGCGACAAAGCCCACCAAGCAACCAAGCGCACAGCGCAUUCUGCGGGAGCGGGACUGCCGCCAACGCCAACGACCCGAGACAAAUCUGUACCGCUGCGUCACCGCUUUAUAA